UAUACAAAUACUAUUCUGUGUCAGUAAAAUAGCCCCGCAUUUUUGCCUAUAUUAAAAGCUAUCCAGCCUCUAAUUUCCAAUAUAUUUCAUGUUAAAUUGGAGCUGUUUUAAUUGUCCUUAGUUUGAUAUUUCAUGUUAAACAUAUCAAGAGUUUCAGAUAAUGAGGUCAGUGAAUGUACGAGUAAUCCCUGUGUGUUUCAGACUGCUCUGUUUCACCUUUUAUUGCUCUUUGCUCAGCAUGAUGUCAUUAAGGUAAUAUCGCCCCUAUAUAUUCAGUGACACACCUGCUGUUUGUGUUGUUGGUUUGUGAGGGAUCUCAAGUGAGGAAAAGAGAGCUAAAAGAACUUGUUUCAGACACUGGAUGAAAACGGUGUGGCUGAGAUAACUGAUUACUUUUUUGGACUGUGCGCUACCCCUCUAUAGUCCAAGAGGGUUUUGAACGUCACAGGAGUUGAGCAACCAAACGUGACUGGCAGGAACAUCUUAGGCCUCUGAAGUUUCUUGUGUGUGUUUCUGUUUCCCCACGCCUUAUUAUAUCACCACAGGUUGACAGGAAGUAAUGUAACAGACAGAGUUUAGUAAGAUCAAAACUUACUGUGCUGUAAGUUUUUCAGUGCGAGCCAAAUAUUCUGGUUAGUUAUGAUGUAAUUAUUACAUGCACAGCACAAGUAUGUACAUUUGUAUCCAGAACUACACAGAGCUGUGAUUACUUUCUGUUUCCUUUCCUUGUGUAAUGGAUUGUUUUGAGCCUAAUCAUGUCACAUGGCUUAUUACCCAACAGCUGAUGUAAAUCAGCUGAAGCAAAAGCCAGGAAUGUGAAACCUAAGGCCUCAUGCCCUCUUUGUUUUCUCCCCAAUUUCCAGUGGCCAAUCAGAGAACACUUUUGCUUACUUUACACUGUGUUGUCUUAUAAAUUCUCAGUCUUCAUUAAUGCUUUGACCAUUUCUGGAAAUGUGAGUGUGGGUACAUCGCAAUUAAGGACAGAGACAUGACAUACAUGCAUACAUGAGCAUGGCUGUUGGUUUCAGUUUCAUUUCUCUUCAUGCUUGAAACGAAACACAGCUGGGUGGAAGGGAAGGGAGGAGGAGGAGAGUAUUUAAGCUUGAACAGGAUGUUUCAGGUUCAUGUCUUUGUUCAGGGAGAGAUGAGUGCAGAUCUUAUCAUUUGAAGGAACAGUGUCACUCAAGAUGGAAAAAGUUCGGACGGAGCUAGUGUCCAUUGUCAGGGAGCACCCUGAUGGGAUCCCGCUUAAAAAGCUGGCUAUCGUCUAUAGCCAGACAUAUCACAAGAACUUGACCUUAUCCAAACUGGGCUUUGACUCCAUGACCAGCCUGGUAUCCUCGAUGGAGAGGGAUCUGGUUCUAGAAGAAGAACUGGUGUUUCAUAGGGACCAUCGUGGGGGAAACCAGGCGACAGCUGGAGCCAAAUGUGGAGCUGCAGCUCAAAGUAAGGAAUCAGCAACAGCUCCCGAAGUGAAAAAAAGAUGUAAGACUUUGAAGAGAAUUGUGAAAAUGAUGAAAGGACAUCCGGAUGGGAUCCCUCUGAAGUUGUUGACUGCAGCCUAUCAACAGAAAUACAGCCAUGACGUCUCCUUAGUCUCUAUGGACUUCAAAACAGUUUCCAGCCUGGUAGACUCUUUGAAUGAAGAUCUGGUUGUGGUGGAGGAUGUGGUGUACCAUAAGAGUCACCGGCCUCACAAUCAGCCUCAGGCUGGGAUGUUCACGAAGACUAAAGAGAACAGCAGACCUACAACACCACGUACGCCUGACUCGCUUAUCAGGAGCAGUAGCCCUGCCCUUCGUACUCUACCACAGCGUGAUGCCAGUCCUCAGAUUGUUCCUCCCACUCAGGCAAGAAUGAACCUUCUUGGAUCUCCUUUGAUUUCCACUGCUUCCGUAUCUUCCUCCCAUUAUGUUCCUGUUAUUCCCCUUCUUACUGUACCCCAGCCAGCUGAGGAAUUGUCCCAAGAGCAGCUCUACCAGAGGAUCUUAGAGGUGAUGGGGACGUACCAGCUAACUGCUCCAUCAAUGGAACAGCUUCAAACCUGCUAUUCUCAGAAGUUUGGUGAAAAGUUUCCUCUUGCCCAGUACAUGUCACUGUACGACAACUGGGAAGCCAAGAAGCUCCCCACUCAGUCUCAGCCAACAACUCAUCCCAAGACUGGGGUGUGGCAGACCGCUGCAGCAACACAGAGUCCUAAACCUGAAAAAGAACAGGAACAGGCCAGUGGGCUUAGCUUCCUGUCUGCCUCUGAUUUUCCAGUGCUGGGGGCAGAUCGGAGUUUGACCAAAGAGCAGAAGACCAAAGUGAGGGAUGCCAGCCCGAGAGAAGGCAGUGGCCCUGUCUUUAAUAAAGGUUAUCAUGCACAGCUCAGGGAGCUCCUUGGAGAAAAUAUGCGAGCUGUGGAGGCCAUGGAAGCAGACCAGGAGGACUUCAAUGGGAGGUGGAGAAACAGGGACAUGGAUCAGGAUACCAUCAACACUCUGAUGGAGAGUGUCAUACGAGAAAUCGCUGGGGAUGGAGAGCUGGUCACCACAAAGAAGGUGAUAUCCCGGGUAUGCAGGCUGGUGCCUUCUUUGGACCCAAGAGGGGUGGAGCACUUGCCUCUUAAAGCUCUAAAAGAUCUUCAGUACCUCAUUAGAGAGAUCAACAUGUUCAUAGAGACCACCUCAGCAGUGACAUCCAUCUGUACCCUGUAUGAGCUGGGCCAGUCAUUAGCUGGCCUCAAGGACAAGAAGCGCUACGAAGAGCUAAACCUCGGCCCCCUUUGCAAGCUCCCCUUCAUUCACCGCAUAUUCAAGAUUGACAGCAACACGAAAGAUGACGAUAUCCACCAGAUCGAGACUGUAGACAUCUUAAAGCAACUUCGUGUUUUUAGGAGGAAGCAGACGAAGGUAAAAGUGGACCUGGCUGAGUUUAUGAAGCAUCUGGCUGACCACUAUAACUGUGACUCUCCAUACGAGCUGGGCAUCAGGAUAACUGGUCUUGGCCUGCCCAUAUCGACAAUCUCGAAGGUAGGCCGUAACGAGCACACCAUCUUGGAGCAUGCCAGGGAGGUGAUUCAGAAAGAGCUGGAGGAGGAGAUAUACGAGCGGCUGAGGAAACUCAAAAAGAGCAUCUUGGAGCCGCUGAAAGGAGCAGCUUCCUUCUCCUCUGCGGGCAGCUCGGAUCUCUCAAAGAAGUAUGCCUCAAUGACAGCGGCCGAGGUCGUGCUGGCGGUCUUUACAAAUGCAGGGGAGGUGUUCAGCCCCAGGAUGGCCAAGCACGUCCAGAACUUCCUGCUGCAGGUGUCAGGUAAUCGGCUAGAAACAGCUCUGUUUCAGCUGGCCAUCUGUGGGGGAUCCCUGGCUGUUCCACACGACCUAGUGCCCAAAGACAAGACCUCCAAACCCACAGAAAAAACUAAACCAGAGGACAAAUCCACCAAAUCUCUCCCAAGCGAAGCCAAAGUGAAGCAGUAUCUAAGGGACAAACUGGCUGCUCAGAACUCCGCUAUCACUUUGGCACACAUUGCUUCCUUGGAGAAAAAACUGUCUGAACACUUCCACGUGAAAGACUUCCUGUCUUUAGAGAAAGGCAGCUUCCUGGAGUUUUUGGUGAACAACAUUCAGCUGCUGCAGGACACAGUGGGGUCCACCUUGAUUCUGGGCAGCAGCAUGGAGCGAGCCGGCAGUGGCUUCAGACCCUCCAAACAAGAUGUUUUUGAGUUCAUCAAACAGUGCGGCGACGUAGCCUCCACCGAUCCAGAUGAACUCUCCUACAUUGAGUCAGCACUGAGGUCUCACUAUGGGGUCCGGGACAGUCGUGACUUGGGGCAUGGUCCUCUGCACAGACUGGCUGACCUGGUCCAACGCCAAAAAGCACUGGGUGGAGGAGGACUGAGCCCAGUCUGCUAUGAAUCAGCCCUGUUUGCUAAACAAGGCAAAUCAAGUGCUGAAGGUGGAUUUGAGUCAGUGGGUCGGCUUGGUGAAAUGUCCAAGGACCAGGCCCUGGCCAGCUUGCUCUCCUGCCCUCUGCUGGAGGAUUUAAGUGAGUGGAGCCAGUGGGAGCUGAUCUUUAAACCCCUUCACGGCUCCCUCAAGGAAUUCAUUGAAAAAAAUGCAGGUAAUACGGGCCUAGCAGCAUUAGAGGUCACCCCCGGUGUGCUGUUUAGGGUCACCACAGACACAGGAGACAAGCACUUCUCUAGUGCCACUACGGCCCUCGAUCCUGUGGGCACAGCUGGCCACCUUGUGUCCAUGGUGGUAGCUGACGGAAUAGUUAAUGCUCCCAUAGCCCUCCUGAGCAACCACAUGCAAAGCUCUCUGGCAGCAGCUGUGGCUAAAGAAGAUUUGUCCAUGGCUGAGGAGGAUGUGUCAUGUUACGACAAAGUUGCCAAGUUCCUCUUGGAGUGUCUCACACGAAUCCCCACCAGAACCUGUCAGGCUCUUCUGCUGCAGGUGUUUUUGGAGCCCUUCUCCCGUGUCCUGGGCCAGGCCAAAUCUAAACGGGUCCUGAUGACCGUGGCUCAGUCGGAGCCGAGGUACAUGAACUGUCUGCAUCGUUUGGGCAUCCUUCUAGGCAUCCCAGACUGGAUCAAAGACUACGAGAAAAAGCUGAACCCACCUCAAAGCCAGAGCUGUAACACAUACUCAGCACCUGUGGACCAAGCCAAGUCUAAUUUGACAGAUUCUGAGUGCAGCAGUCUGUCAGCUCUCAACAUGAGUGAAGAUGACUUUCUUGAGGAUAACAUCAUGGACAACAGCUUUGAAUCCUCCCAGCUGUACCACAGCCCACACCAAGUCAACGAUGAGCAAGACAUAGAGGCUGAGGAGGAGGAAGAGGAUGAAGAGCAGCUGUAUGAGUUGGCCUCGGUGCCUAACGGAGAGAUAUCAGACGUCAGCAGCGACGCUGAAGGAGGCCAGGGCGAGGAACAGCUCAAAAUGUCUGACGGAGAUGAAAAGGAGGGUGACAGCUGUGAGUCCGAGGACACAAUCCAGAGAGCCGUCAUUGAAGACAUCAGGAAAAGUGAGUUUGGCAUCGGGGUGAAACUGACAGCUGAAGGCCAGAAACUGAUGCAGGUCCACCAGGAGCGACUGGGCCGCAGCUUAGACCGCCUCUCCACUGAACUUUACAGCAAGGACACACACUUCGUCCUGGAGCUCAUUCAGAAUGCCGACGACAACAGUUACCCGGCAGAGUCCGGGGUCGUUCCAGCGCUGGCUUUUAUGGUGGAGCGAGACUGUAUCACUGUCCUCAACAAUGAAACCGGCUUCCAGGAGAAGAACAUUCGGGCUAUUUGUGAUGUAGGCCGCAGCACUAAGGGAAAACACAAAUAUGGAUACAUUGGACAGAAGGGCAUUGGCUUCAAGUCAGUGUUUAAGGUCACAGACUGUCCUGAGAUUCAUUCCAAUGGUUUCCACUUGCACUUUGACAAGAACUGUGGCCCCAUGGGAUACAUCCUCCCCCACUGGACUGAAGAUACGAGGCCUCUGGAUCCACAGCUGAGGGACAUAAAUCAGCACAGCUGGACCACUAAGAUCAGCCUUCCUCUCCGGACUGAGAGCCAUCAGACCAGGAACCUGUUUCAUGACGUGCACCCUUCGCUGCUGCUCUUCCUGCAUCGACUACGCUCCAUCACCAUCUACAAUCAGAGUGAGAAGCGUUUCAUGACGAUGACUCGUAAAGAUCUCAAUCACAAUGUGCUCGAGGUGGAACACUCGGAGGGUACCGAGCGCUGGCUAGUGGUCAAAACCACACUGAAGCCCAAGAAGAUCAAAGAGGAUGUAGAGUCGACCGAGCUCGCUCUGGCUUUCCAGCUUGGCAGCGACUCCACAGGAAGUAACAUUGUGUGCCAGCCUCAGAAGCAGCCCGUGUUUGCUUACCUGCCCCUUCGCAGUUUUGGCUUCCGUUUUAUCAUCCAAGGUGAUUUUGACAUCCCUUCUUCUCGUGAAGAUGUUGACAGAGACAGCUCCUGGAACCAGUGGCUCCGGUCUGAAAUAGCACAGCUCUUCCUCCAGGCCAUGGAUGUCUUCACUAAUCACCCAGAGUUCAAGGGACUGAAGGGCCUGUGCCAGUUCCUUCAGUUUAUCCCCCUGUCUGACGAGGUUUUGGACUUCUUCAAGCCUGUUGCCGGGCAGAUCAUUCAGCUGCUCAAGGGCAAAUCCUUCCUGCCUACUCUCAGUUCAGGUGGUAAGAUUGUGUACAAGCUGCCCUCCCAGGUGGCCGUCUGUCAGGACCCUGUGAUACGGGAAGUGAUUGGUGGAGGUGAGCUGGAAAAGCAUCUGUCUCUGUCCUAUCUGCAUCCGGAUCUAAGCCCAGCACCGCCCACCUCCCUGCUCACUCACCUGGGAGUCCGAUACCUGCGGGGAACGGAUGUUACCAUAGUAACCACAGCCAUGGCCAAGGAGCUGAUGACAGUGGGAGGUAUCCAUUCAGAUGCAGGUCUACAUCAGCUGGCCAGGCUGCUGGUUUGUAACUUCCGAGCUCUGGAGCAUGGAUACGGAGAGGCAGAUUCCAUCCUGCAGACGCUCAGAGAGCUACCCAUAAUCCCUCUAGCUGACGGACGUGCGGUGGCACUAAGUGUGGAAGGAGUGUUCUUUCCAAUGGAAGAGAGCAAGACCAAGAAAAAGAAAGCUCAAGCUCAGACAGGACCACUGGCUGCAUUGUACAAGGAUGUCAGUGUGGUUCACCCGUCCCUGCUGAGCUGUUUGGAGCCUUUGGAAAGUCAGCAGGUUCAUGAGCUGCUCAGAAGACUUGGGGUUCACGAGCUAGAGCCUCAAGAGCUGCUGGAGCAGCACAUCUACCCUACAAUAAGGAACAACAAAUGGAAGUCAAAGCCUACACCUGUGGUUGUGAGUUACUUGGUUUUCAUCAAGCAGCACUCGUCCUCUAGCCAGGAGUACUCAGACACCGCAGUACCCGUCCUCACCUCCAGGGGUCUGCUGUGCCCAUCCAAUGAAAGGGUGCAUUUCUCUGAAGAGUACGGAAACGUCAACUUACCAUCGAAGCUGCCUGGCUAUGAUUGGAUCUUGCUGAGUCCCUGCUAUGUGCAGACAGACGGUGAUGUGGCAGGAUGGAGAGAGCUGUUCAGUAAACUGGGAAUCAAAGAUGGUCUCAUCAUCUGCAAACAAAGACAAACACUCACUGCUACAGAACUGGCCUCCAGCCCCUGGUCAGUCGAAAGUGCAACGUGGCGCCAAGUCCCAGGGGAGGGCUAUGUACUCGACGACUACCCGUGUGAGGAAUUUCACGCUCUGGCCACAGCAGAACUGCCUGGCUCCCUCUUGUUGCAGCAGAGAAUGGCUUUGCUGGAGCUGCUGGAGGCCAACUGGGAAACUGGACAUUGCUACUCUCAGUACCUCACAGCCCAGGUGAUCGACAGUGAUGGGCAACCAAUCAAAAGCACCAAGUCUUCCUUCUACCAUUCCUUGUGUCGUCUUGAAUGGGUGCCAGCCUAUCGCCCAAAACAAGGAGGCCAGCUGGACAGAAAGUACCUCUGUCCGAGCUCUGUCUACCUGUCAUCACCUGAAGUCACCAACUUGCUGGGGACCCAUGUCGACUAUGUGGACAUUAGCUCCAGCGAUUUCAGCAGAGCUCUUGGGAUGAGAGAAACAAUCUCAGUGGAUGUUCUGAUUAACUAUCUGAAAAAGUGGUGCAUCAAACCAGAGGAAGAUGUUCAGGAGCAGAGGCUCCCUGAGGAUGAGUCAGAAAGGGGAACUUUCACUUCCACAAUUCAGCACAUCCACAACGUCUACACCUACCUGCAACAAAACUGUUCUCAGGGCAGCCUGAAGGAGCUCUUCCAGCAUACACCUGCUGUGUUUAUAGAGAACGAAAGGCGCAGUGAUGACUGGUGCACUGGACGGUUCUACCACCUGAAAGAGGUGUGCUGGGGCGACCCAACAAACAUGUUCCAGCGCUACAAAGAGCUCACACGUAAACCAGACAGCCCUGUCCGGGAGCCCAAAGUCCUAUUUCCUUUCUAUCACCGUCUGGAAGACAUGAAAGACUUCUUCGUCAGGCUGCUGAAUGUGGAAAACGACCCCAACAUGAACCAGUAUGUUGGCUUGUUGGAACUGAUCUGUUCCUCCUGUCCCAUACCAACUGCUGAAGUGCUACAGGAUGUCUCGAUCCUCUAUGCCAGACUUGCUAAAAACUGUAAGUCCAAAAUGUCCGGAGACCAGGAAAGAAUUCCUCAGUCCAAACUUAAUCACAGUUACUGCUCCACUUUGAAAGGGAUGGUGUCUGAUAAGAAGGUCUUCCCUACUAAGAAUAACAACUGGGUGAGUCUGGCACAUAAGCCUAUGAUCAGUGACAGCAAAGAGCUGGAGAAGAUCUUCAAACCUCAUAAGCAGGUGCGUCUGCUCAACCUGCCCCCACCAAAGAAGAAGACGGCGCUCAAGAACAAGACAGGAAACUCUGACGCGGCAGAUCGAACUGCAUUCAGUGAGGAAGACAGACAACUGUUUCUGGAUAUCUGUGGUAUUCGUCAACUCUCCGAAUGUGUCAAGAGUGAGCCUCUGACUGAGAACCUGAGGCCCUGUCCGUCCAUGCAGAGCCUGGUGCGCUGGAUUGUUCCCUACGUUCAGAGGUUUCUCUAUCACCAUGACGAACUGAAUGAAGUCUAUUCAGAGCUGACUGAACAAAACAUAGCAGGAAAAAUCAAGCACCUCUACUUUGCACAGGUGGGCAAGCUAUACAUUCGCCACCAGCUGGAUGUAGCUGACGAUGAGGACCCUGUGAUUGAGUUGGUGGAUGUCAUCUGUCUGCUGAAGGAUAAAAAAGAGCUUUACAUCCAGAAAGAUAAUCUCUCAGCUGAGCUGGACAUCUGCAGGGAGGUGGUGAAAUUGUUUUGCACAGAGAGCAGCCACCAAAAGGAGCUGAUACAUUUCCUUUCUGGCCUGAUAACCUCGCGCAGUGACCCAAGAGCCCUGAAGAGAUUCUUGGCUAAAGAGGAAAUCAGAGAGCUGCCCAGUGAGGAGGAACUGUGGGAGGUCCCAGAGCCUCACAAACCAGACAUUCCCCCUGAAAGAGUGCUGUCAAGGAGUUUCUCCUCCACCAGCUCCACAGUCGAGCCAUCUCACCCUGGACAAGAGGACGGGGAACAGACGCUGGUGUGCUGGCCUCCUCGAGCACCAAUACACAGCACAGGAGGCAGUCGAGCUGGAGGUCAGGAAGAUAGCAAAGUGGUGGAGGCUGUCAUGAAGAUGUGGCCUCCUCCAGCUGGACCGAAAGAACAAGGCCUGGAGAUGGAAGUCGCACCCAGAGGAAGCAGCCACGAAGGAAACCAUCCACCCAGAAGCAGCAGCAGCACCAACAGACCUGCAGACCAACCCAGCCUUCAGAGGCUUCCCAGUCAUCCAGAGCAAGCUAACACAACUGCUGCUGCUGCAAACACCAACACACCACCACCACCAGAGCGCCGUCAGCAGAGUGAGACCACUCGGUCUGACACAGCUGAAGGUGGAGAGAAAAGCCUUGCAGCUCCCAGACCUCCACCGAGUCCUCCAUCUGAACCACCUGCUGAGACAGCCAGCAGCCAGCCCGUUCCAAACAGCCUUGCUGUACCUGAGGCUGUGGUGCUUUCUAGUACUUUCCAGGGGACUGCAGCAGCUGCUGCAGAGAUCCGUCCUCCUCUGAACCUGGACUUUCCUCACUGGAACAAAACCAAGGCCACACUUGAAGACAUGGAGCUCACCUGCCAGAGACCCACCACCGUGGUCUUAUCAGAAGACGAGAUAGACGUGGCAGCGAUCGGCGAAUGGGGGGAGCAGCUGGUCAACUCCUUCCUGUGCCACUGGAGAGAUAGCAGCGACACUGGACGACCCACGCACGUCAUGUGGUGCAAUCAGAGCGGGGAGACCGGUCAGCCAUACGACUUUAAGCUCACCUUCGGAUCCACAGGAGAGCCUGAGGUGGUGUAUGUGGAGGUGAAGUCGACUAUAAAGAAAGAGAAGUCAUUUAUCCACAUGUCUGCCAACGAGCUGGACUUUGCACUGAAGGAGAGGGAACGAUACCACAUAUACAGAGUGUACAGCACUGGAGAUGCUCAGAACGUACGCCUUUGUCGGAUUCAGAACCUAGCGCAGCAUCUCCACACCAAAGACUUAGCUCUUUAUCUGUUUGUGUAGUUCCUUUUAAAAUCUGUGGAGGUAUUUGCACAAGUUGCCUAAAAUAAUUUUGUGUAAUUUUUAAUGUUCGUAGUAAAUGCACUGAUUUGAGUCCUUUUAGCUGUAUAUUGUGCCGUUUAUGUUUAAUGUAUUACCUGCUUUUGAGCAAAAGAUACAUUUUGCUCCUUUUAAUGUCAACUGUUUUCCAUAUUCAGUGAAGUUAAGCAAUCUGCUAACCUUUUUUACUUUCUGUACCAUUCCUUUAUUCCUUUGAAAUAAUAAAAGUGUGUCUAUU